AUGAACUUUGGUAAACGUUUAGCAACUUCAUUUUUGGAGGCCUCACAAAAUUCAAAUCCAGCUCCAGCUCCUGCUCAACCACAACAACAACAACAACAACCUCAACAACAACAACAACAACAACAAAGCCAUACUCAAUCAAAUACAACAACUGGUGGUGAACAAGAUGUACCUUUUGAAUUCAGAUUCCCAAACAAGGAAGCAUUAUUCAAAUUUGUUUCUGCUUUUGUAGCCAAGGGAUUUGGAUCCAAUAACACUUCCUCUGUCACCGGUGGAUCUUCUUCAUCAUCGGGACCAACUUCUUUCCUUUCAUCGAUGAUGAAUAGUAGUAUGGUUGAUAAAGUCGUUGGAAACCGUCAGCCUGGUCAAGAGCUCGUACUCUCUGGUAAAGACAAACCAUCUAUUGUUAGUAAAAUGACCGAUUUAUUUAAAUCAAUCACUCAACAAACUGAAACUCAACAACAAUCUCAUCAACAAAGAGAUAAUCAAGAAGAGGAUAGAGAAAAUCAAGGUGAUGAAGAAAGACAAGAUCAAGGUGAGGAGAAUCAAAGAAGAGCAGGAGGAUACCAAUCACAAUCAAUGGGCGGAUCAUUUGGUAAAAAGGCAUCUUCAUUUGUUAGUAAUGCAAUGUCAAACACUCGUAACAACAACAACAACGAUCGUAACUCAAAUAAUAAUAAUGAUUAUGAUGACAAUGAACAACAAUCAUCAAACAACGAUGUUGACCAAUCAUUGACAGACAAGAUGUCAAAUAUGUACAAAUCAUAUUCUAAUCAAUCCAACCAACAACAACAACCUCGUGACCAAUCACAACAACAAACAUCAAACAACUCUUUUGGAUCUUCAAUCUCCAACUUUGGAAAUCAGGUAAAGGAUAACAUUAGAAAUUCAUCAUCUCAAAUGCCACGUCAACAAAGACAACAACAACCUCAACAAAACAAUAAUUAUAAUUAUAAUGACAACAAUGAUAAUAAUUAUAAUUAA